UCCAAUUUCGGCUGCGCCACCGCCGCGGGCUGGCUUGGCCCAAAAGGUGUGCAAACCGCCGGGCCGGACCCCCGCUAGGCUAUGCGCCGCCCCCGCAUUCCCGGCUUAGCCCAAAACGGGGAGGGGGUCACCUUCGCCCGGUCUCCCUAGGGCCCCCAGGGCCCGCGCACCCCCGCGGAGCCCGGGAGCGCGCGCGCGGAGGCGCCUUGCCCUCCAGCGCGUCGAGCGCCCGUUUGCAAAGAAGCGCCGUCCGAUUUGGGGGUGGGGGUCGGAUUCAAGAAGGGGGCCCGACCGAGGUCCGGAUCCGAGUCGAUUUCCGUGCCAGAUCCCCUCCCCAGGCGCUGCGGCUGAUUCUCCUCCUCUUUUUCACCACCCCCUUCCUGUCGUUCCUCCCUCCGGCUGCGCCCGUCCUCGCGAGGAGAAAACGAAACUUUCACUCCUGCGCCUUCGUGCCUUCUCCUCCGCCCGGGGGCUGCAAGCGGUCGGGGCUUCCAGGAGGGAUGGAGGAAGAAUUCCAAUUCCUGUUGUGUGAGAGAUGCCACAGAGAAACCACAAACCCCAAGCUCCUUGCCUGCUUGCACACCCUCUGCACCGAGUGCCUGGAAGACAACAAGCGUGUCGGGCAGUGCCCCGUGUGCGGCACUCCCAUCCAGGGCUCUGACCAAGCUCCUCUUCAGGACAACCUGCUCUUUGCGAACCUCCAGGCCAAGCUGAACACCUACCAGAAGAUUGUCCGGGAUCAAGAGCUGCUGUGCAAUUUUUGCAAAGGCAUGGCAGAGUUUUGGUGCUCCGAGUGCAACGAGUUCCUUUGUCCAAAGUGUUACGAAUCUCACCAGUGGUACCUGAAGCAGAAAAGCCACGAGACCCAACGGCUCGCUGACCUGAGGAAGGAGACGGCCUGGAGUUUUCUGGAGGGGGUGAGGAAAUCUUGUAGCCUCUUCUGUUCUGAGCCCACCCACCACAAUCAGAUCAUAAGCGUCUAUUGUCAUGGGUGCCGGAAGCCGCUGUGUUGCUGUUGUGCCCUGCUCGAUGGGGAACACUACAAUGCCAAGCUUUACUGUGACAUCCACAAGGAAAUUGAGAGGCGGAAGGAGGAACUGGGCAGGAUGAAAGAGGAGCUGUUGGAGAAGAAGAGGAGCUGUGAGGAUACCCACAACAGCAUCCAUGGGCACCUGCAGAACCUGGAGAAGGUGCGGAACGAAACCCGAGAGCUGAUCCAGAAGAAAGUGCAUGACAUGGUCCAGUGGAUCCAGCAGAAGGGGGAUGAAGUCCUGGAGAAAGUAGACCAGCGACUCUGCCAGGAGCAGGAAGACGCCAAGAAGAAGCUGGAGUCUACCGAACAGAUCAUCAAGCGAAUGGAGGCCGGUGAGCGGUUGGUGGAGAAGAUGGACCUCUUUGGAUCGGACCAAGAGGUGAUGGACAUGCACCCCUUCCUCAGAGAGUCCCUGGAGAGGCUCAGGAAAGAGAAAUUGCCAAUGUCAAGCUUUCAGAUGCAAGUGGAGAACUUCGAUGAGGUCAAAGGGGAACUCCAAGCUCUGCUUAAGAGGGUCAAAGGAGAAGAUGCCUGUGGGUGUACCGUUUCCAUCCCUGGAUCUUAUAAUUCCUUGGUCAAUUCGGAAGGUCUGCACAAUGAGAAAAACCAGCCCAAAUCUCAGGGGAUGAAAGUGCAGGUGCCCACGUACACUCUCAGCCUUGCCAAAACACCACGGGGUUUUACCACCUCGAUCACCUCACCAGCUAAGCGACCAGUGGCCCAGCUGGAAAAGGCCAUCCAGGCUUCUCCCAAGAUGAUGAAGUUGGAAGGAUGUGGGUCUGGCGCUGCUGAAAUCUCCAGCAAGCCAGUCCAGGAGGACGGCCCCAGGCCUCAGAAGCCUUUGUUCCGCGAGUCCACCCCAGAGCCUGAGCAAAGAGCAGCUGCCAUGACAUUGGACAUCCUGGAGAAUUCGCCUUUGGGGAUCUGUGAAUCAGAGGUCGCCAGUAUUGUGAUCAGUAGUUCUGAAGACACUGAAGAUGACAUUGCGUGACUAUCUGCCUGUUCCAGACUGGUUUCCAGUAAGCUGAGCCUGACUUAGUAGCUGUAGGACAGAUGUGCUAUUCCCAGUUUUCUUCGAUGCUUCUUCCAAUCGCAUCCUGUAGAGUGGGGCAGCCCCGUCUCCUAGCACCAAUUUGGGGCUGUUGUUUUACUCCAGUGCCUCUGCGUUGUGAAAAAUGUCUUUCCUUCUCCUUAUUUGUGCACCGUUUUAUCUAGGCUGUAAUAAUGGCGCUGGAUUUUGACUCAUGCAUUGCUGAUCUUCUCCAGUACCCUGGAUGGCAAAAUACGAUGGGGCUGAAGAGCAAAAAGGUUUUCUCCCUCCGCUUGGCUCCUAGAUUUUGCUACCUGCCCAUUCUGCGAAGCGUUGCUCCCCAAUAGCCUUCCCUUGUUUUCUUUGCCUUGUUUUUAGCCAUGUAACAAGGAGGACUAAAGGUGAGCAGCCCUACAUCUUCAGUCAGUGGAUUUGGCCCGGCUGGCUCCCUGGUUAUCACAGGACAUCUGUAUGACCUUUUCGUCGUACUUUUUUUAAAGGUCAAAGAUGCUGUUUGCUGCUUCUCAUAUAUUAUUUCUCUUUUUUCAUGUACAUUUUUAUUAAAAGUUUUAAGAGUGAUCAUAAGAACUAAUGCAAACUAAAUUAGAACAGAGAAGAUGAAAAACAAUGAGAGAAAUACAGGUAGUGCUUGACUUACGACCACAAUUGGGACUGGAGCUUCCAUCGUUAAGUGAGGCGGUUGUUAAGUGAGUCACGCCCAAUUUUACGACCCUUUUUGUUGCAGUUGUUAAGUGAAUUGCAUGGUCGUUAAGCGAAUCCAGCUUCCCCCAUGACAUUGCUUGUCGAAAGCUGGCUGGGAAGGUCACAAAUGGUGAUCACGUGACCCCAGGAUGCUGCAAUUGUCGAAAAUAAAUGCUGGUUGCCAAAUGCCUGAAUGUUGAUCAUGUGACUGUGGGAAUGCUGCAGCUGUGAAGAAGCGGCUUCCGAUAUUCUUCACAGCAGUUAUAAAUACAAUUAUAUUUUAACCUCACUCUCUAAAGUUACAUCAUGACUCUCUUCUUUCUAUAAUGUAUCCUGUCUAAUCAUCAAAACCAUAAAUCACAAGUUCAUUUUUUUCAUUUUUUUAUGCAAAAAGCCCAUAAGGGGUUUCCAGUCACCAAUAAAAGUAGAUAAUUGUCUUUUCUCUAAUCAGAGAAGUCGGUUUCUCCAUCUCAGCAAGUUCUGUCAAUUCACCCACCAUCCCUCCGUGGUGGGUAGAGCUGAAUCUUUCCAUCUUUGUGCAUAUAAUAAUCUCGCCGCAGUAAUCAUAUAUUGAAAUAAUCUUCCAUGGCUUUUUUCUAACUGUUUAUCCAUCGAUCCUAAAAGGAAAGG